CAAUAAUCCUAUAUACUACUCAUCAACGUCCCUAAUAAAUCUUUCACCACCAUUAUCCACUUUCCACCAAAUUUAGUAACACCCCUUUUGGAGAGAGAAACUCAGCUCCGUUACAAAGAUCACGCGCUUCCUAUUUUCCACCCUCGCACAUUUUUCCUCCUUCAUUUUCAGGCUUCUAUUGUAAAUAGAUGGGUGAUCACUUGGUUCUGGAUGUGAAUCGACCCAUUAAAAGGAGCGAGGAGAUGGCGGGCCCCUCAUCUUCUGAUGCAGUAGCUGUUGUAGUGGAUGAAAACAAGGAUUCAUAUGAUGAGGAAGCGCCCUUAUUAGCAAUGGCAGAGUGUCGGAUAUGCCAAGAGGAAGAUUCCGUUGAUGCUUUAGAGACACCCUGCUCUUGCAAUGGCAGUCUUAAAUAUGCUCACAGGAAGUGUGUUCAACACUGGUGCAACGAAAAGGGUGACAUAACUUGUGAGAUUUGCCAUCAGCCUUACCAACCUGGCUAUGUUGCUCCUCCUCCGCCCCUACCGUGCUUGGAGGAAACCACCAUAGACAUUGGGGGAGGAUGGCAGAUCUCAGAAGCCGACCGCCAAUAUUUGGAAGCCGAGUAUGACGAUUAUAAUGCCACAAAUGCCAGUGGGGCUGCAUUUUGCCGUUCUGCUGUUUUAAUCCUGAUGGCUCUUCUGUUGUUACGACAUGCAUCUUCUGUACCUGAAUCUGAUGGAGGAGAUGGAGAUGAUGAUGCAUCUACAUUCUUAACCAUUUUCUUGCUUCGGAUUGCUGGAUUUCUUCUACCCUGUUACAUCAUGGUUUGGGCCAUCAGCAUUUUGCAGCGUCGAAGACAGCGACAGGAGGCGGAAGCAUUGGCGGCAGCACAAAUCGCAUUUGUAUUGCAAGCGGGACAAAGGAGAGGGCUGCACUUGACAGUUGCUUCUCUAGGGCCCGCAGCAGCCCAAUCACCCGCACCAGCACCCACUGUGACUCCAACUGCGGCUCCACAAGAUGAAAAUGUUUAAAUGUUAUGACGGGGGAAAAAUUAUUCUUUUUCGAUAAUUUUGUUUAGUUCCCGAUUUGCUUUGUUGAUGGCGUCAGAUCUGUUGUGAAUAAUUUAAUGUUAUGUUAAUGUGUAUAUGCGGCCAUUCGACAGUUGAGCGUUCUUCAACAACUUUUAACGAAACAAGCUGUAUAUUUGUUAUUGUGUAUGUUGGUUGAUUUA